UAAUGAUCUCAUCUCUGCCCACCCUUUCUUCUCCUUCUCCUUGAGAAUCAAAGCCAACAAGUGGAAGCCCACUCUCACUCAUUUCUAUGGUUUUGAAACUCUCAUACUUCUUUCUCCCCACAGAUUCUCUUGAAUUCAUUGUCUCUUCAAUCUGUAGAGCAUUGGAUCUCCAUUUUCCCUACUUCCUUCAGGUUUGAUGGUGUUGGUGUAUAUCGGGAUGACCUAGUUAAGUAGUGAUUUGACUUGACAAAUGAAGAUUUAACGAAUUGCUCGAGGUGCUGAGUCCCUUUCGAGUUGUUUCUCUUUGUUGCGGUGUGAUGGAUUCGCUCAAACAUAACUCUGAAAUUGUUGAAUCGAAGGAGGCGAUUCGGGCAUCUCAAAAGUCUUGGUAUGGAAGAGCGGGUGAAAGAGAUGGGAAUGGGAAGCCUCCUGUGGUGAAAAAAGCACCCAAUAAUAAGUAUUUGGGAGAUGAUAUCAACCGGCUAUUUGAGGCAAUAAAUUUUCGAACAUCAAAGAGUUUGGAUUUGUCAGACAGAGUAAGAAGAGAUGCCUCGAAAAGGCCAAUGAGGGGCAGUGGACCUAAUUCACCUGGAAUAGGAUUCUCGGAGCCCGUCUCUCUAAAACAGGCACUCCGGGGAUUAUGCAUUUCUCAGGCUGCAGAAAUGGCUGCAAUGAAGAGAUUAUCUAAGCUCCCCGGUUCUCCCAGUGAAUCAGAAGCAGAAAGAGGGGAAAUAUCUCUAACGCCCGAUGAGGGCUCUUCGAGAUUCUCUUCUAAGGUGCCUCUCCACCUUCAAGCAUCCAGCUCGAGGCCACUAAGUCAUAGUGCUCAGUCUUCUCCGAGAUAUUACAUCAGAGCAGCCGCUAAGAGUGCACUUUCCACUGCAUGCCCGAAUAAUAAAAUAGUGCCUGCCGAUUUGGAGAAGUUACCAAGCCAAAGUGUCCUUUCUUCUCCUCGAUUGUUGGGCAAAGCGAUUUCCAAGAUUGCAGUUGGUGUCAUUCCACAAGAUGAGAAAAUCGUUCCAGAAGAAAGCAUUUCAGGCUCGUUCGAUAUGCCUCAAGAGCCCAAGAUAAAGUCCCCGAACCAAGCAGAACACGAAACUUCAGUUCCUCCAAGAAAGGUGACGAGCAAUCCAUCUAGAAGUGGUGGCACGUCAAUUAAAGUCCAUAAAGCAACGCCUAAACUAAGACGGAAAGGUAUACCUUUAUCCAGCAAGGAUUUCAGGUCAUCUCGUGCUCUAAAACCAACUACACGGAUCAGAAGAAUUCCCAAAACAAAACCAAACCAAGCCUCGGGCAAUUCCAAUCUCUCUUGUGAAAACGAUGGUGUUCCCGACUCUGCUGGCAAAGUUAUCUGCCAGAGAUGUCAGUGUGCAUUGAAGGACCCGAGAGUCGAGCCUAGCAAGAAUCUUGCAACCCCCGUUCCUUUGUAUGUCCCUAGUGAAGCGAAUACUUGUUCUGGUGAGCCCGGUUUCAUUGUGAACCCUGUUUCGAAAUCGAACAAGUACUCGAAAUCAAUAUUAGGGGACUUUUCUCAAAGCUCGAAGAGUAGCAUCGGUGACUACAGUAGUACCACUACCAUCAGCGAAGAGAGCAAUAUAAGCGGGUUAAGUUAUGGUACCAGACCACACAUGUCUAAGGAUACGAGAUGGGAGGCUAUAAACCGGGUGAGGAAGCAGCAUGGGUUUUUAGGUUUGGGUCAUUUCAAUCUAUUGAAGAAGCUCGGUUGUGGAGACAUUGGUACUGUCUAUCUUGCCGAGCUGAUAGGAACAACUUGCUCGUUUGCAAUAAAGGUUAUGGAUAACGAAUUCUUGGCCAGAAGGAAGAAGACACCGAGAGCACAAACAGAAAGAGAGAUCUUACGAAUACUCGAUCACCCUUUUCUCCCUACACUGUAUGCACAGUUUACAUCAGAUAAUUUAUCCUGUUUAGUUAUGGAGUUCUGUCCAGGUGGCGAUCUGCACGUGCUCCGGCAAAGGCAGCCUGGAAGAUGUUUCCCUGAACCAGCAGCAAGGUUUUAUGUUGCUGAAGUCCUCCUUGCUCUCGAGUAUUUGCAUAUGCUAGGAGUUGUGUACCGUGAUUUGAAGCCCGAAAACAUUAUGGUACGAGGAGACGGUCACAUAAUGCUCACAGAUUUUGAUCUGUCACUGAGAUGUUCUGUUAACCCGACUCUCGUAAAAUCAUCAUCAUUACCACUGGAGCCUGCUAGGAUGUCUGGUCCAUGUGCCGGGUCCAAAUGCAUUGAUCCUUUUUGUGCCGAGCCAUCGUGUAAAGUUUCGUGCUUUACUCCAAUGAACUUUCCCCCCACCACAAGAGCAGGAAGACCAAAAACCGAAUCUUUAUCAUCAUCAUUCAACAAGUCCUUGCCACAGCUAGUAGUUGAGCCAACGGAGGCCAGGUCUAACUCUUUCGUUGGCACACACGAAUAUUUAGCUCCGGAGAUCAUCAAAGGAGACGGGCACGGGAGUGCUGUGGAUUGGUGGACACUAGGAGUUUUCCUUUACGAGCUUGUGUAUGGCAGGACGCCUUUUAAAGGCACUGGGAACGAGCAAACUCUGACGAAUGUGGUGCUGCAGAACCUGAGAUUUCCCGAAAGCCCUAUCAUCAGUUUCCAGGCACGAGAUCUGAUCAGAGGGCUUCUGGUGAAGGAGCCCGAGAAUCGGUUAGGAUCAAGAACUGGAGCAGCCGAGAUCAAGCGCCACCCGUUCUUCGAGGGCCUCAACUGGGCACUAAUACGGUGUGCCAUUCCACCUAUAGUGCCUGAAUUCUGCGACAUUGAAGCUGCAAAUAGUGCUUUCUUGCAGCAACAGAAGAGCAAGAAAAAGUACAGAGAGUAUAGUUCCACGGAAGGGCACCUAGAAUUCGAGUUGUUCUAGCAAUAAGGAAUAGUGCUGUCUGGUUAAGUAGCACUCUGUACCUUAGUAUUCCCAGGUUUAUAGUUACAAAAUUUAAUUCUAUAAUGUAUAUGUUUAGAACACAAAUCUUCAGUUUAAUACUAGGAAGUCAUUCCAUCGAUCAGAAUUUUGUUCCAUCGUGUCGGAACAUAG